AUGGAUGUGGAUGACUAUUAUGAAGGAAGGAAGUUGAUAAAAAGCAUGUUAAGCAAUAGGAAAAUGCUUCUUGUCCUUGAUGAUGUGAGUGAUAUAAGCCAACUUGAAAAUUUGGCUGGCAAUCAAGGAUGGUUUGGCAAAGGGACCUUAAUAAUAAUAACAACUAGAGACAAGCAUUUGUUAUUAUCACAUGGUGUAUCUACUUGUUAUGACAUCAAAUUCUUGACUGAUGAUGAAUCUCUUGAACUUUUCCAUCAAAAUGCUUUUAAAGGAAGUAAGCCAAGUAAAGCUUUUUUGGAGCUUUCUAGAACUGUGAUUCAAUAUGCUAGUGGCCUUCCUUUGGCACUCAAAGUGUUGGGUUCUUUUUUUUGUGGAAGAACUAUAGAGAAAUGGAAGGAUGCGCUUGCUAAGUUGAAGAAGGUUCCUCCAAAUAACAUUUUGAAGAUACUUAAGGUGAGUUUUGAUGAAUUAGAUCAUUGGGAAAAGACUAUAUUCUUGGAUAUUGCUUGCUUUUUCAAUGGGAUGGCCAAAGGCCCUCUCAUUCAAAUUUUAGAAAUUUUGGAUGAGGAUCUUCACCCAACAAUUGGAAUAGAUGUUCUUAUUGACAAAUCACUGGUAAUCAAUUCAGAAGGGUAUUUGUGGGUGCACCAGACACUUCGAGAUAUGGGUAAAUAUAUAGUCUCUCAAGCAUCACUUAAUGAUGCUGGCAAGCGUUCUAGGAUAUUGUCUUUGAAGGAUGCCAAUGAUGUAUUAGAAGGAAAUAAGGGCACAGGAGCAAUUCGGGGUAUAGCCAUAAUAGUAGAAGAAACAUUUAAUGCACUUUGGAAUCCUGACGCCUUCUCAAGGAUGAUCAAUCUCAAAUUACUUGUCAUUUCAGGCCGCUCACAUAUUUCUCAUUGUCAAUUGAAUCUUUCAUGUGGAAUUAAGUCCCUUCCCAUUGGGCUGAAAGUCUUAGCAUGGGAUGGGUAUCCUUUAGAUUCUUUGCCCAAUCAAACAAAACUCCAUGAACUUCUUGUUCUAAAAAUGCAACAUAGCAAGUUAAAAGAACUUUGGAGGGGAGCACGGUCUCUGCCAAGGUUGAAGUCCAUUGAUUUAUCUCAUUCAAAAUUCCUCAUCAAAACUCCAGAUUUUUAUAAAAUUCCUAAUCUUGAGAUAUUGAUUCUAGAAGGGUGUUCUAAACUGGUUGAAGUUCACCAGUCUCUUGGGCAACAUAAGAAUCUUGUUAUUGUUAAUUUGAAAGGCUGCAAAAAAGUUAGAACCCUUCCAAGUAAAUUUGAGAUGGAUCGCUUAAAGAUUUUUGUUCUAUCUGGUUGUUCAAAAAUUAGAAAACUUCCUAAGUUUGAAAAGGAUAUGAAAUGUCUCUCUACACUUGAUUUAGAGAACACUGCUAUAUCCAAACUACCUGAAUCAUUGGGCAAUUUGAUUGGUCUUGUUGAAUUAAAUUUGACGGGUUGCACAAAUCUUGUUUGCCCUCCAAAUAAUGUUCAUAAAUUCAUAGCCAGGAAGAUUAUCAAAAUUUCUGGUUGGUCUAACCCUUCAAGGAUGCCAGAGGAUUUGAAUGAAAAUGGGGCUUUGGAAGUGCUUGAUGUGGGUCGAAUUUCUUCAUCAUCAUGGAGUUGUGUGUCCCUUCUCAGGAAGUCAUUUGGGCUUCAAAGGCCUUUAAGCUCAACAAAUUUUAUGGUACCCAUUUCUUUAUCAUUCUUGAGCCAAUUAAAUUUAGGUUAUUGCAAACUUCAUGAUGGAUCACUUCCAGAUGACAUAAGCAUGUUAUCAUCAUUGACACAUUUAAUUUUAAGUGGAAACAAUUUCAUUGACUUACCAUCUCGCCUCAUUUCCAAUCUUUCCAAGCUUCUAUUUGUUGAUAUUGUUAAUUGCCCUACGUUUCGGUCCUUGCCACAACUUCCGUCAAAUCUAUCAACCAUUCUCGCAAGCGGUUGUCCAUCAAUGGAGCAUUACAUGUGUUCGCAGAAACUAUGGGAGUUCAUUGAAUCAUUCCAAUCUCAGGUUAUCAAUUUCAGCGACGGCUUUAUAGCUUGUUAUGAAGAACAUAAACCUGUCAUUUUAUUUCAGGAGUAUGGAAUCCUUACACAAGAUUUACAAAUUCCUGACUGCUUCAAGCAAUAUAGUCGUGUAUUGACAAUUCAAGGUAGUGAAGUGCCACCAUGGUUUCAUAAUCAACACUAUUUUUGUGAGAAAGAAAUCAGUGAUCCAAAUGUGUCAUUCGCAGCAAGCAUACCUGAAUAUUGUCAUUCAAGUGAAUGGUGGGGCAUAGCCACAUGCUUAGUGUUGGAAAACGAUUUAGCAUCUGCACACCUUGACUUGGAGCACCCUGAGAAUAUGUUUGAUGAUGUUUGGUGGACUUACAGAUUGCCUAAUGAAAAAUUUCAAGAAAUUCACUGUGGCUAUCGUUUGUGUGUACAAACAAAUUGUAGUCAUCAACUCUGUGUUAUCUAUGCUUGUGGUUCCUCUUUGGCUGCAAACCAACUUCAAAUGGUAUUUUUGGUAACUAAGACAUCAAAGUUUAAAAUAAGGAAGUGUGGGUGGCGUUUACUGUGUAAAGAAGAUGUUGAAACUUGGCGAACAACAAGGGAAGAAGGAUGUAACAGCAGCAAUGCCAAAAUUUUGGAAUAAAUC